AUGCAGACCAAGACCCUCCUCCUCGCCCUCUUCACCGCGGCCACCACCUCAGCCGCAACCAUCAAAUUCUUACCACGCCAGGACAAUAGUACCGCCAGCGCCGACACCACAGCUGAUGCCGCGGCCGGUGGAGCCGACUUCGGCAACUGCGUUCCCACCAUGGACUUUCAGCUCGGCCGUGAAGGGCGCAAGGCCGACGAGGGUACCUUCUUGCCUACCGACCCGCUUGUCGCCGAGGGCCAGCAGGAUGCCCUCAACCCCAACAUCAUCACCAACCGCAUCUGCGACCAGUUGACCAACGUGUGCGAGGCGAAUGAUGCGGCUGUGUCACUGUGCGAGGACGCGCAGGCUCAGAUUGAAGCGCUGGGCACGAAGGAUGCGAGCACGGCUGAUGCUUUCAAUUCUGCUUUGGGUUUCUAA